AUGGAUGAUCUUUUGGUGUGGCAAAAGCUCAGCGUAUGGAACUGGUCCGUAGACGAACUCAACAAGAAAGGCGUUCAGUGUUUGGAUAUUGCAUGGCGAGAUCAUGGAAGCUUCGAACUCGAUUUGACUGCGGAAGACGUCCCGGAUCCAGAGCGGGUCCACGAUGACCAGCAUGCCAUCAACGACUGA